AUGGCGUCUCAACAAGACCUUCAGGAGCUCAUUCGCCUCAUGACCAUUGGCAUGAAGGUUCCAAUGAAAGAUGCUCUAGGUCGAAUUAAAGGAUUACAGGCGAAGAAUCUCCGCAGCAUUCAACAGAUAGCCGAGAGUUCUCUCCCCGAUGUUACUGCUGCAAUCAAAGACGCCAAAGCGGCACGAUCUCUCCACAACGCUUGCAAAGCCCGACUCAAGAAUCCAGCGGCGUCGACCAAGCGACCUGGAUCUGCCCUCGAAAAUGCUUCGAAAAGGUCGAAACAGUCGAACGAUGCGGAUUUAUUUGGUGGCUCAGAACCGGUUGCUCCGCGGGAGUACGAAGCGUCGCUUGAUCUGCCUGUCGAAACGGACGAGAAGAUAAUUGCCGACACCGUACUCCUGACCAAUCGCGCCCCAUUAGUUCUUGCUUUCGCUGUCGAAAUACUACGUUAUACGAUGCCCGAACAACCCCCUUCGAGUCGGCUCAGUUUAGCGCAAGCUGUCGUGAGUGCUAAUUCAAGAAGCAAGGCUGUCUCGCUGGGCAUAGAAAAGGGACCAAGCGCCGAUGAAGAAGGGUGGGGUCAUGGUCAACCGAGAGUAAGAGUGAUGGGUCGCGAAGUGACCAUACUGAAAAGAAGUGGCUAUGAAUGGAAAGGGGAAGAAGAGGCGGAUGAACAUCAUAAAUCUGGGAAUGAUGUUGCUGGCAGCACAAGUCUUCCGUCAAGCACUACAGAAACCGGUGUGAGUCAAAAUGCGACGUCUCAAACCUCGGCUGCAAAACCGUGGUCCACUAGUCAGCCCGUCACAUUGAAGGGGUCUACUUUCAUAGUUCGAUCAACGCAGAUUACGGAGCCUUCUCAGCGUCAAUCAAUUAUGCAAUCACUAUUUACGGAGAUACCAUCGUUGCAAGACGCAACCCAUAAUGCUUGGGCUUAUCGCGUUCGAGUGCCAACUAAUCUGUUUAACGCAACCACUAUUAGGGAAGAGUCUUUUGAUGACGGGGAAACUGGUUGCGGCGAUUUUCUACUGAAGAAUAUGCGAGAAAUAAAUGCUGUCGAUACGCUGGUGGUAAUGACUCGUUGGUAUGGCGGUAUAAUGCUUGGACCCGACCGAUGGAGGAUAAUGCGGGACUGUCUUAAGGAUGCCUUGGCUGAACGUCUCCGCGUUACGGGAGAACAUGCUGCAUUAGGUGGGGAAGCUGUAUGGGGCUUGGACCUCGAAGCCAUGAAGAAUAAAUCUGGAUCUACAGGCACGGCAUCCAGUAGGUCAUAUGAGGCGGGCGUCGUAGGAAUGCCCAUACAUCGACCGGAAGCAGCGAGAGCAUAUCUUUUGAAGAGUUUUGCUACGCGAGUAGAUAAUUCUAGCGAUAUCUCUAGCGAGACGGCCGCGCCGGAAGAUAGUGUCCCGACAAGCAAAACGACAACGAAGAAAAAGACAGCAAAAGAAUUACUAAUUGAAAAAGAAGAGAAUGUCGCAAGGUUACUCGGCGCCAUAAGACUUCUCUAUGGCAGCUGGGCUAAUCAUCUCGGUACUACUGAACUCGACCGACGAGCCUGGGGCUGGUAUGUGGCGGUUCGGCCCGAUAUAGAGAACGGCCCAUCUGGUUGGGGAGCAAAGGGGCAUCUAAAGCUAGCUGAUAUUCUCUCCUUACGGCGAAAAGAAGGAUAG